AUGCUCUGUUCGGGUCGACUUUUGGCGGUUUCGUUUCCAGUAAACCGGUAUUCCCCGUACAAUUUACAGAGCUCCAGCUCCAGAUUCAGCUACGCAAGCCCCAAAUCGAUCUCCAGAUGGCGAUCAAUGACGUCCGAGCCCGAGUCCUCUUCUUUUGCUCCUUCUAUCGACUCCGAUCCCACUGAUACAAACCCCGCCGGAUUCUGUAUCAUAGAGGGGCCUGAAACAGUCCAAGACUUUGCCAAAAUGGAGUUGCAAGAGAUUCAGGAUAAUAUUCGAAGUCGACGCAACAAAAUUUUCUUGCAUAUGGAGGAGGUUCGCAGGCUGAGGAUACAACAGAGGAUUAAAAGCGCAGAGCUUGGAAUGUUAAGUGAAGAUCAAGAAAAUGAACUUCCUAGUUUCCCAUCUUUCAUUCCAUUCUUGCCUCCCCUGAGUUCAGACAACCUUAAGCAGUAUUAUGUUGUUUGUUAUUCAAUUAUUAUGGCGUUUAUCCUUUUCGGUGGCCUCCUAGCACCCACUUUGGAGUUGAAACUGGGAAUAGGAGGCACCUCAUACAAAGAUUUUAUAGAAAGUGUGCAUCUGCCAUUGCAGUUGAGUCAAGUUGAUCCCAUAGUGGCAUCCUUCUCUGGAGGAGCAGUUGGUGUCAUCUCCGCAUUGAUGAUUGUUGAAAUCAACAACGUAAAACAGCAGGAGCAGAAGAGAUGCAAAUAUUGUGUUGGAACUGGAUAUCUCGCUUGUGCCCGCUGUUCAAGCACAGGAACCCUGGUUCUUACUGAACCAAUAUCAGCAGUUGAUGGAGAUCAGCCCCUAUCACUGCCGAAAACGGAAAGAUGUUCAAAUUGCUCAGGAGCGGGAAAGGUAAUGUGCCCUACAUGCCUUUGCACGGGAAUGGCGAUGGCAAGCGAACAUGACCCUCGGAUCGAUCCCUUUGAUUAG